GAGAGUGUGUUGUAGGGCAGGAGGAGGAUGAUGUCAGCAAGUUUCCACUGACUGUUGUCUCUGUGAAGACUGAAGAGCAUGAAGACAAAGCACCUGAGUCCUCACAGCUUCAUCACAGUCCAAACGUCCAGCGGGUGUCAGCAGAGAGUCAAGAAGAGGAGUGGCACACCAGUGUGGGACAGAAGGAGCUGGAGCCCCCACACAUUAAAGAGGAAGAGGAGGAACUGUGGGAGCAGCUUCAAAGGUUGGAGGAGGCUAACGAUGAAGAUGAAGCCCAGUCCUUCCAGCUUCAUCACAGUCAAAGUGAGGAGAACAGAGGGGCGGAGCUUGUAAGUCAACACAUCACAGAAGCUGAUGGAGAGCAUUGUGAAGAUAUCAAGUCAGAACCAGACAGCAUCUUUGCUCCACUGUCAGACAUGGACCACAUGAUGUCACACUCUUCUGAUCACAGUGACCACAUCCAAAAACCUUUGGAGAGUAAAAAUGACUCUAAAGGUGAUACGAGACAUCACACUAACAACAAACACUUUGACUGCUCUGAAUGUGGGAAAUCAUUUAGAUGGAAGAGUGAUUUUACAAGACACAUGAGAAUACAUACUGGAGAGAAACCUUUUACUUGCUCUGUUUGUAAGAAGAGUUUCUCCACAAAAGAUCACAUGACCACACACAUGAGAACACACACUGGAGAGAAACCUUUUACUUGCUCUGUUUGUAAGAAGAGUUUCUCCACAAAGCGUGACAUGACCACACACAUGAGAACACACACUGGAGAGAAACCUUUUGCUUGCUCAGCUUGUGCUAAAAGAUUCAACACAAAGAAUGAAAAGACCACACACAUGAGAACACACACUGGUGAGAAACCUUUUACUUGCCCUGUUUGUAAGAAGAGUUUUUCCACGAAGCUUAACAUGACCACACACAUGAGAACACAUACUGGAGAGAAACCUUUUACUUGCUCCGUUUGUAAGAAGAGUUUCUCCACAAAGCUUAACAUGACUACACACAUGAGAACACACACUGGUGAGAAACCUUUUGCUUGCCCUGUUUGUAAGAAGAGUUUCUCCAGAAAGGAACGCAUGACCACACACAUGAGAACACACACUGGAAAGAAACCGUUUAGUUGCACUGUGUGUGAUAAAACAUUCAGGUUUAAGUUUCAGGUCAGUAGACACAAGUGUGUAACAGUCAUGGAAGCUGCAGGGAUGUAAAAACAGUUAAACAGUGAUUGUGCUAAAUGUAGUUUAAAAACACAGCAUGUUUAAUAUGAAUGUAUAUUUGAUGUUGUAUGUAGUGCUUCUCAUCUUCUAGUCUUAUAUGUUGUCCUGUACUUACUUUUUAAGUUGUGUGCAUUUAUCGAAUAUUAUAUAUGUAGCUACUAUUUCAUUCUAUUUUCUCAUUGUUU